AUGCGCAAAUGUCCUACCCUGUUGCUCCUCUUUGUGGUUCUCCUACCAAUAGUGAGUAAAAAAGCGAACGCGAAGAAGAGUAGCUUGGUGAAGAACGAGACCAUACGGGGUUCCAACACGAAGGAGGGGAAGGAGAAGCGCUUUAAGGUAGUAAGGAAUAGGGGGCAGACCGAACUAGACCGGGUGGGAUAUACCCCCCUGUGUGGUGCUGCACGAAAUGGGGAUGAUUUGACCAACGCAUUGAGAAGUGGAGGGUCAAGGGGGGCACGUCUAAACGGUUGCAAGAAGUUAACAUUUGUGUUGCAAAAAUGUGAUUUGCGGAGGGAGAAGCAGAGGAAGAAUGUGGAAAAGACGAGUAGUUUUGAAAGGGGAAUUCUUGGCGGGGGAAAAUAUUUGGCCAAGGUAGGGCAACACUUUAAAGGCACUCAUCUUUUCAGCCAGAAGGAAAAACACACAAGCAGUGUUAUAUGCGAAGAGGUACGAACGCGAGGGGGUGUAGAAAAUUCUCUUUUUUUUUUUUUUAACAAAAUAAGAAGCAGAAUGAACAAAUAUGUAGAUCAAGUGAACAAGUUUGUGGAGGAAGACAACAUGUUGAAUUUUUUGUGGGUAUGUAAAAAUGUCUUGUGUAAAAAAAAAAUAAUUUUUUUAACAUUUUUCGUGAUGAUUAACAGUGCAAUUAUUAGUAUAAUAAUACCUCGUUGUGAUAAUUUAAUAUUUCAAAAUAUUUCAAACAGAAGGUUCGACAAUUUUGGAGGUCUAUUGCUGAAUUGUAUUUUGGUGAGAAUAAUUAAUAUGAGUUUGUGUGGGCUUCGAAAUUACAUUUUCAUGGUUACCAGCUCGGAUUCACUAAAGGAAGUAAAAAAACUUUUAUUUGAAGUUUAUAUAAAUAAGGACAAUGAAUAUUUUGACCGAAUGGAUCAGAGUGAGAUUGUAAAUAAGGUAACGUUGGAAGCACACGACUUUGCAGAUAUUAUUCCAUAUUAUAUAAACCCAUUUAUACGUAAUUUUUUUUCCAUCAUUUUUAAUUUUGGGUAUAUGUUUUAUUUGAAUUAUAAAUUGUCUUCAGUCAUUAUGAGUUGCUUUUGCAUUUCCUCCCUCCUUACCAUAAUUUCCACAAAGUUGAAAAAGAGGAGGAUAAAAUCGAUUAACAGGGAGAAGACAAGAAAUACGAAAAUAUCUUUGGAGGCAUUGAACAAUAUAAAUGUUAUAAAAUUAUUUAGUACUGAAUUGUAUGAGUGUAGUAGAUAUUCUCAAUCGUUAAGUGAUAUUUUAUCUCUUCAAAUGAAAAAGGAGCAUUUUAAUCUGGUCCACAUGGUGGUGAGCAAACUGUUUGUGUUGGUAACUUAUGUACUCAUUCUGGUGAAGGGGGAGACACUUUUAAAGGGAAAAGAAAUUGACAAUAGUACCUUUACGUCUUUUUUCUUUUAUAUAAAUAAUAUUUACUCUUACAUAGAUAUCCUCGACUACUAUAUCGAUAUAUGUGACAUUGUGAAUCAGUACCGCCACAUCAUCUGGAUGAUCAAGGAGCGGGCGCAGAAAGGGGGGGGUCACAUUGAGCCGCCCGACGGUAACUGCUCUGACGUGGACAAUGGCGCUUCUCUUAACAAGGCAGCCGCGAAGCGAAUGUCUCUGCAUGUAGACACCACCGCGCAGAGUGCACAAUCAGACGUCGUGCUGCACUUCAAGAAUGUCUUUUUUAAGUACAGAAAUACAGGCCAUUACGUUUUGAAAAAUUUGAAUUUCAAAAUUAUGAAAAGCACAAAUAAUGUUAUAUUAGGAAAAAGUGGAGGGGGAAAAUCGACGUUGUUGAAGUUGAUGCUAAAUUUGUACAAAUGCUCCAAGGGGAAGGUGUACCUUUAUAACAAGCCAAUUAGCCAUUACAGGGGGAGAGAAAUUAUGAACACAUUUUCGUACGUCCAGCAGGAUUGGAAGUUACUUAAGGGAACGAUAAAGGAAAAUUUAACUUAUGGUAUAACAGACGAUUGCGCCAAUUUUGACAUGCUCGAUUUGAUUAAUAUUUCCAAGUGUUGCACAUGCCAUGAGUAUAUAAGCAGAUUGAGGAAGAGGUACGAAACGAUUAUUUCGAAUAGGACUGAAUUGCUCACUUCGUCUCAAAAGCAGAAAAUUUGCAUAGCCAGGGCGUUGGCCAGGAAUCCGAAGAUCCUCCUGUUGGAUGAGUCGACCUCAGCCGUGGACAAGGACAAUGAGCGAGUCAUUUUUCAAAACAUAAGGCAGAACUCGCUUUUUAAAGACUUAACCAUAAUUCGCAUAACGCAUAAGAAGGCCAACUUGGAUUUGGCGGACAACAUUUUCGUUCUGAAGGAUGGGUCCAUAUGCAGACAAAAAAAUGUUUAG